CCGAGCAGCUCCUUGUUUGGAUAAUAUGCUAAAGAAGUUCUGUCGUAUAUUUUUUGUUUCAGCAUUUGGAAUACUUUAGUGAUCAUAUAAAUUCGUAGGAAGAAAAAAAAAAUAUGGUGACUUCUCCUUUGGUGAUGACUGAAUGAAUGAAGAAGAGCAGAAUUUGUUUUUAAAAAAAUGAUAACUCGGAUAUGACCCAUAGGUCGGUGCUUGUCGAAGAUCUGAAAACGAGAAAUUUGAAAGUAUUUCAGAAAUGCACCUCCUUCGUUUUCCUUGCCGGGAUAUUAGUCUACUGCAUCUACUCCAUCGUCACGGUUCCAGUUAAAGACGCGGCGUCCGCCCAUUUGGAAUCCGGCAAUGCUCCUUGUGACUGCAUUCCAGGAACAUUCCGUACUUUCUCUGAGCAGAAUCUGGUGGACAGGCAGAGGUUGUUCUACAACCGAGUGCCGAAAUGUGGCAGCACCACCCUCUACUUCCUAAUAAGGAAGCUGUCGUCCAUGCACCAUUAUUCUCACAUCAACUCCAAAGUAUACGACAGGAAGAACGUGGACGAAGAAGAACAGCGUAGAAUAGUGAAACGUAUUAAAGAAACGCCGCCACCUUGUAGCUUCGAUCGUCAUGUCUUUUUCAUCAACUUCACAAGAUUUGAAGAAGAACCUCCCAUUUACAUCAACAUCAUCCGUGAGCCAGUGGAACGAAUCAUCUCUUCAUAUUUUUAUCGGAGAAUGGUUGCCAGACAGAACAAGACAAAGAUAAAACCCAGCGCCUACUGGCUGAAUAAAAAAUUUGAACAUUGUGUUCUGACGCCAGAUCCAGAAUGUACAUUUUUAAAAGGUCAUAAUUACAGCGUUCUUCAACUACCCUAUUUUUGUGGACAAGAACCUCAAUGUCAGUAUUUGAAUGACCCUUGGGCUUUAAAUAAAGCAAAACAAAACAUUGAGCAAUACUAUGCCGUGGUUGGUAUUUUGGAACAAAUGAAUGUCACUCUUCAAAUUUUGGAAACUGUCCUGCCACAAUUUUUUGGAGGUGCAUUUAAAAUUUAUCUGAGCUUAGAUGUACAUCAAAAUCAGAACAGAUAUAAAGAGACUGUGAAAGAGGAAAUUAAAGCUCUAUUAAGGGCAAAUUUAACUGCAGAAUAUGACCUUUACCACUUUGUUCAGCAACGCCUAUACCGCCAAUUUCAAUUUCUUGUGAAAAACAGGCACAACGACCAUCCGCAAAGCAAAACCGAGGAAGAAAUUCAAAUUUUAUAUUAAGAAACACAUUAAAAGGUCUCAUACAUAAUCUUAGGUAAAACAAUGAGGUUCUUUUCAUACAAAAUAAUUGAAAGGGCACUUUACUAAAAUUUGAUUUUAACUUCCCUCAGUUACAACAGAAUCAGGGCAAAAAAAAAAAAGAAAAAAAAGCAGUAAUCAUACUUUGUAUCCAGCUCUUAGUUUAGGAGGGGGCAUCAACCGAAAGUUGUCAUAAUUGUGAUAUAUAGGCAAAAAUGAGUCAGGGGCAAACUUUGCAAAAUGCAAGUCUUUAAAAAGCAGUUGUAGGCUGUUUUUAGAUGCUUAAAGGGGGUUUAGAAUCCCCAUGACCUCUCUGGAUCUGUGCUUGUUUUGUACAGUGAUCCAGUUCAGAUUGAAAAUGCUUUAAACUAACACCCCCCCCCCCCUAUUGGUCAGAAUCAUUUUAAACUUGAUAAUGGGCAGGGAGCAAUAAAUUUGAGUGAAAAAAAAAAGUUAAACAAUUUUUGUUAAAGGAUAAGGUUUGCUGUUAUGAAAAAGUUGGUUGUCAAGACCUUAUACCUGAUAAGAGUUAACUAUAAAGAAAUAGAAAAAAGUACGGAAUUCUUUUUGGAGUUAUUUAGGAAAAGCAGAUUUUUCAUACCAUCAUUUAUAAAAAGUGCAUCUCAACAUGAGCACCAUUAGUUACCGGAUGGUGCUUACAUGGUUAGAGUUCACCUGAGUCUCCGUUAUCAUACUGUUCAUUCUCAUUUUCUGUCCGAAUGUCUAAAAGCAUUUGUAGGGUCACUUUGCAAGGAUUAACUUGAAGUAGCUAUUUUCUGUAUUUUUCUUUUUUACAACUGGUUGUUAGGGCCUGAAUAUUGUAUAGGCUAACUAAGCCGUGGCCUAGAAUCCCCACUUUUUUUUAAUCUCCCGAUGGCAAAAAAUUAUUUGGCCAGUGACCAAAAUUGUAUGGUUUGGCUACAGGGGGGGCCUCCAGAAAAAACUGUUUGGCCAAGGACGACCGAUACCUUAAUCAGGCUCUGCUAGUUGUUAUUCAUAACUAAAGGACACCAUUUAUAUGGUUAUUCAUAAUUUAUGGCAGUAUUUUAAUGUAUUGCUAUUAAUUCAGUUGAACUAAACAUCAGCAUCUAUAACAAUUGAAAAUCACAUUGACCAAUUAACAUCCUUGGGUAAAUGCUAAUUCCUUUUUAUUGCAUUUUAUCAGACUGGCUUAAAAUUUCAUUACCAACCAUUCUUCCCACAGAAUUUUUAAAAUAUCUUGCCCCUAGUUCUGUGGCAUAGAUUUUCUACUUUUGUACUCCUCAUACAUUAUAGUUUAAUAAAAGCUCAAUUUUUGUGACACAUUGAAAACUUGCAAGACCAGCGUUUUAGCUUGGUUUCUAUAUUUGAGUUAUGUUUCAUUACUAUGUAAUGAAUAACUUUAAAAAGAAAUUAUGCAGUUUAUGUAACUUGAAUUGCUUAUGAUGUAUGCAUUGAAAUAUUUCUACAAUAAAUAUGAAAUUUUGGUAUCA